AUGGACCCAUUAAUCUUGGUGAUUUCUGAUAGGCUACAAUAUUCAAUCACAAAAGAAUUCAUCUUGAGAUUCAAUCAAACAAAAAAUCCUAAAGAGGAGGAAGAAUUACUGGACAUAGCUAGAAAAAACCUUAUCAAAUGUAAGAGGAAAUUGGGUCUCAAAACCUUAGGUAGUGGGAAGAAUGUUCAUCUUCCUACUGCGUGGACAGAAGUAAUAUAUCUGGCUCAGUGCAAAGGAGAAAUCCAAGAUGAAGCUUUAAAUAUGCUUUAUGCUUCCCUGGAUCAUGCUUCCUUUGAUUAUGAUCAUCUGCCUGCCUUAUUUUUUCUUGCGGAAUCAGUUUUAUAUAGACUCUGUUGUGAUGCAUUUCUAAAGCCUUACUUAUACUCAGUUGAAAUAAAGCUGGCAAAGAUUGGCUAUUUGGUCUUCUUACGACUUUAUAUAUAUUUCCUUCACGGUCACCUGGAAAGUUUUAAACAACAUUUACUUAGGCUUCAACCAUAUUUAUACGCACUUUCUUUCUCUGGAGAAUUAUAUUGCAAGUAUCCAAACGUCUUUUCGAAUGUUCGGUACAUUCUGAAAAUCAUGAAAGUUAUAUAUAAAAGAGAACUCCGUUUUGAAUCAGUUUUUGGCCCUGCAGAAAACAAGAAGAGAUAUAAGCAUGUAGAUUCUGAGAUGGAAGGAUAUGAAAUCACCCCCCUGCUCUGGCACUGUGUUGCUGCCUGGACUUGUGUUCAGAAGAAUCGUUCUCAGUUGAAUAAGGUUCUUGAACAUCUCAUCUUUCAUAAAACACAGCUUCAAAAGAAAUGCUGGUUGGAUUCAGCAAUGGCUUUGUUGGUCCUUGGGGAGGCUGCCAAAUUAAACAUAGCCUGUUUGAAAGCUUUAAUGGACCUAAUGAAAGAUUUUCUUUUAAGCGUCAUGUCGGUUCAGAAUCAGGAAGAAAGCUGCAAGGUAGAUUUUUCCUGGGCCUGGAAUGUAGUGUUCAUAUAUAUAACAAUUCUUGCAGAAAUCUGCUUGUAUGCAGCCAAUUCUUAUUUGCGAAAAACUGCUUUAGUUGGUUUCUGCGACUGUGGAAGUUCACAAAAAGAUAUUUUACCUCUGGACAAAUCAGAACAACAGCCAGAAUUGAGGGAAACAAGUAUUUUAGGUCUUUUGGAAUAUUUUUCUUCAAAAACAUCAGAUAAUUGUGAUCAAGUGAAAUGGACUGGAUCCUAUGGCAUAGUGUAUAACCUGGUGAAAAUGUUAUGGGAACUUCAGGGAGAUAAAGAGCAGGAUGGGCUUAGAAACAAAAUAUGGGAAAUGUUGCAGAAAAUGAAGGAGCAUGAGAAAGAUGGGCGAAUCUGUAAUGCAGUAAAUAUUGCUCAGGCCGAAAUAAAUGACCCAACUGAUCCUUUCAGCAAGUAUAGUACAAAAGUUCCAUUAAAUGUAGGAGAUGAAAAUUUCGCCAAAUAUAUAGGAUGGAGAAUUGCCAACACACUCUCCAAACUCUUCUUCCCUGAUGCCUGUGUUCUUCCUUUGCAAAAACCAUUGCUAAGACGGAACCACAUGAAGUAUCUAAAUAAAAAGCAGGAUUCCAUGAAGAAGAGAGUUCUGCAUUUUACUUUAAGGUAAAGUGAAGCACUAUUCAAAAUAGUUCUGCUUUUCUAAUACACUACAUUUCAAAGUCAUGUAAAUUAGGGAUAAUCAUGUGCUGCUUUAUUUAACUCAGUUUCUCUUUUUUAAUUCAAAUCUUGAC